AUGAAGCGGAGAACGGACUUUAAAAGCAUAUGUGUGGCAACCAUCAUCGGGGUUUGCAGCGGGUACUACAUAUUCAACCCGAUUGUGAAUAAAAUGAAAGAUAAUGUGAACAAUGUGAAUGAAAAAAGUGAAAAACCGUAUGUUCGAAGUGUCAGGGGAAAGGACAAAUGUCCCCCCUUAAGGAAUAGCAAUGGCAUUCCUUCAGCAGAAAAUGCGAAUUGCAGGGGUGAAGAGUGGAAGGACCACCCAUCGCACGAUGGGGAAUUCCCCAAAGUGUGUCCACAAAGUGACGCAACCACCUUAGGGAGGGGAAACAAAAAGUUAAGGAAGUUCAAAAUAGCCGCACGUGGGAGAGGGAGUCACCUGCAUGGGAAUGCCGUCGAAGGGGACAUCAGGACCGAUUACACAGGUGAUAUUUUUUCUGAGGGGUUUCAAAAGGGAGGGGAUAUUUGCCCCGAUAUGGGGAAAGCAGGUAAGGGGGACAACCCAUUUGUGUCCAACCAAGAGGGAGUCACCCAACUGGAUGGAAGAAAAGAUGGGGAAGCAUGCACAAACCCGUUCGCCCAGAGUACCUCCAAAGAGAGUAAAUCAUACGAAUUUUUAAAAACGUUAUAUGGACUGAUCGGUGAGAAAAAGGACAUCUCCGAGGAGACAGCGAAGGACUUAAUUGAACAAAUGAACGAAAUCAUAAAAAUUGAAAAGAAUUUAAAAAUGGUGUUUCUUCUCCUACACACCAUGAAUAAGCUGGUAUGUAUUCACGAAUUGGUUGGGAAAUUAUCCUCUGAGAUAGUCAAAGUAAAGGACAGCGAAUUGCUCUCCAUCAUUCUUCGCAUUUUGGUUAAUUGCCAUUAUACGGAUGGUGAAUUAUUACACGUCCUGAUGACAAAAUUGAAGGAGCACAUCAAGUUAGGGACAUGCACAACCUUAGCCGUAAGUAACACCUUCUACAGCUUUGCCUAUUUGUACAGAGAAAACUUAAUCCACUUGGGGGAAAUUCCCAUCGGCCAGAUCAUCCAAAUAAUUGGCAGCUAUUACAGCUCCUUUUCUCAUGAAGAGCUUUUCGAAAUUAUCCAGGCGUCUCCCCAUUUUUCACUCCCCAAGGGGAAGUCACAAAAUGGGAAAAUGAACCAAACGGAUAACGUGAACCAAACGGGUAACGUGAACCAAACUGAUAACGUGAACCAAACGGGUAACGUGAACCAAACGGAUAAAACUCAUCAACGUGUUCAUAAAAAUUUAACCAAGUUGCUAAACAAACUUGGGAACUACCUAGUAGAAGAAAAUAUUGCCAAAAGUGCCUCGUUCAAGCAGAUCAAGACUAUCCUGUACUCAUAUGCCAAGAUUAAAACGUACCACGAGAAAUUGCUCUUGCAUUUAUAUCCCCCCACAUUGAAGAGAAUAAAGGGGUACAAUGAGGAACUCCUCAGGGGGCACAAAUUGGGCAGCUACAAUCGUGGGGAAAGCGAUUCCCAAUCAGCGUGUGAAGGGUCAACGGAGUUAUUGCAAGAAACCCCUCCACUGAUCAGUGAAGCAACGCAAAACGUGACGGAUGUUCUUUACUCAUACAGUAAAUUUAGCAUGUAUAUAGACGAGCUGUACAACGAAAUUUUACUCCUCCUGCAGAACGUCUACAAACAUAUGAGUUGCUCGGAAUUAUCGCAGAGCUUAAUAUCGUUAACGAAGGUGCACUGCAAUGUGAGGAUCCUGUUGUCCAAAAUACACAUGGAAAGAUUUAACGUGCAGGUGAAAUUUUACCAAAAUUUUUUUGCCAAUUGUACUCCCAUCGACUUAAUGAAUUAUCUCCUAAGUUACAGUAAAAAUUUAUACUUCGAACGGGACGUGUAUGACAUAAUUGGGGAUUUCCUCCUCCGCGAAAGGAAAAUAAACUCCCUGGAAGGAAGUGAUCUGAUCAAUAUUGUUCAUGCGUAUAGUAAAAUUUAUUACCUGAACGGUAAGGUGUUUUCUGCGGUGGAUAACAUUCUGUGUGAAAGACUUGACAACAACUCCAACUAUUUGUCCACCGAGGAUGCCAUAAAAUAUUUAAAUUCGUGUGCAAAAUUAUCAUAUAAGAAUGAAAAGAUGAUUUCCAGAAUUGUCGAAAUUAUCCAUAGGAGCAAUUUUGUCAAUAUCGAAAUUUUUGAGCUCUUUAAAAUGCUCAAAAGUGUGAAAAGGCUACAAGUACCAUUUGAUCGCCUGGAGACCCACAUCCGAAUGGUGGUCCCCAACGUUACUUUCGACUUUGGCACGUAUAGCAACCAUUACUACAGGGCCCCCAAGGAUCUGCACGUGCGGAGGAAGAAGUGGGUUUGGUAG